UUCUGACACGGCUCCACUGAAAACCAUUCCAGUAGCAUCUCUUCACAUGCAACUAGCCCCAUCGACUACUACAGAAGUUCCUAUCCCUAUUGUUGGAACUUUUUUUUAGGGUACCCGCGAUAGGCUCACAUCUUGGGAUCGACUCAGCUCUACUUCAUGUAAUGCUAUCCGCCACCAGGGAUGAGAUUUCCCGUUGGAUUCUUCAUGGUAUUUACUUGCAAGCAAAGAAGAAAACAUGCAGCACGAGUUGCCUCAAAAAAGGAACCAGCCAAGAAGUGCCGCUCAUCAACAUUCAUAAAAUUUAACUUUCCAUUUUCGGGCCCCUAGGUUAAAACUCUGGUCAACAUACAGACACUGUGCGAAUAACAAGAAUUAUCUAUACCAAGAGUAACUGAAUUUAUUACAUCAAUAGUAUCGGACGGUACAGUUAUAGUGAGAAAACUCCAAAGGCAGAUAUACAUUACGUCUAGGGCGUACCAGCCCGCUGGCACAAUGGGUCACUUGUCAGCUCUAGGUCCUAUCAUUAUCUUGGUGAUGUGGAUUGAGACAUUCGCUGCAGCCGUUUUUGUAGGGCUGCGGAUGUACACUCGAUACUAUAUCGUUCAAGCUACGGGGUAUGAUGAUUGGCUUACUGUCGCCAGUCUUGUCUUGUUCGUGGCAUAUACCGCUUUCUGUACGGCGGCAGCCAUCCAAGGAUUGGGAUCUCAUUUUACCGAUAUCACGCCUGCUCAAUUCGUCAUGUCGAACAAGAUGGAAAUCGCUGGUCAAACAUGCAAUAUCAUUGCCAUCGCCACCAGCAAGUCCGCCGUAGCUGUAUUUCUCCUGCGUCUCGUCGUUGUUCCCUGGCAUAAAGUCUUCCUGUGGGUUUGUAUCGUCAGUACAUUUAUUGUCUGUAUCUCCUGCGCCCUUCUCGACUUCUUCCAAAGUUCGCCCAUUGCGGCAGUCUUUGAUCCAUCACUCCCUCACACUGUCAACUUCAAUUUCACAGCGAAUGCAAUCUUCUCGGGAAGCUAUACAGCGAUGAUGGAUUUUACUCUGGCAUUGUUUCCAUGGUACUUUCUGGCGCCUGUUCAACUCAAAAAGAAGGAGAGGUUGACCAUUUCCUUCGGUCUUACGUUGGGUGUAUUUGCGGGAAUGUGUGGUAUUGUUCGGGCCAUUGAGCUAGGAGGUCUGGCAUCUCGAACCGAUUAUACUUAUGACACAGUACCUCUCAUUCUUUGGGGCUCCAGCGAACUUCUUGUCGCCAUAGUAUGUGCCUGUAUCCCAGUUCUUCGACCACUCUACAAGCGACUCCGAGGCCAAACAAAGUCUUCCGACCAAGGAAGUGGUCCCUAUCCCAACAAAAGCGGAAGCAAAUCAGGGGGUGGAUAUGCAUUAAGUUCAUUGCGUCGCGAUGAGUUCUCCGCGAACGAAAGGAGUCGAGGAGGUGGAAAAUCAAGUUAUAACACGCAAGUGAAUAGUGAGAGAAAUGCGUCGGGGAUGGAUAAUGGAAGUGAUGAGAGCAUAUUGAGAGAGGCAUGGAGAUUUGGGAUCAAGGAGACGGUGGAGGUUGAUGUUAGCUACGGGAGAGAGGGGGAGGUUGACGAGGAGAUGGGGGUGCCGCAGGGCGUGAGUGUGCGUGGGGGGAGCAGAGAUGUGAGGGGGGGAGAAAGGGCUCCGAGUGUACAUGGCUUUUAA